AUGGCGCGGCGCCCCGGCCCGGCCCGGCUGCUGCGCGGCGUGCUGCUGGCCGAGAUGCUGCUGCUGCCGCUGCUGCGGCCGGGCCAGAGCUGCUCGCCCUGCUUCUGGUUCGCCACGCCGGACACCGUCCAGUGCCGCUACGUCCUGCUGCAGGAGCCGCCGCCCGAGCUGCCCGCCGCCGUGCGCAACCUCUCCGUCACCGGCGGCAACCUGACGGUGCUGCGCCGGGCCGCCUUCGCGGGCGGGUGGGCGCGGGGCGAGGCGGCGCGGCCGCUGCCGCACCUGACGCGGCUGGCGCUCACCCACGACCGCAUCGAGGCGCUGGAGGAGGCGGCCUUCGCCGGCCUGCCCGCCCUGGCCGCGCUCGACCUGAGCCACAACCCGCUGCGCGCCAUCGCGCCCGGCGCCUUCCUGGGCUGCGCCCGCCUGCGCGUCCUCAGCCUCAACCAGGCGCUGCUGGAGCGGGCGCGGCCGCCGCCGCUGUCGCCCGAGGAGCUGCUGGACGGCGCGCUGGCCAACCUCAGCCUGGCGCGGCUGGAGCUGGCCGGCAACCGGCUGCGGGCGCUGCCGCCCGCCUGGGCGCUGCCGCCGGGCCUCCGCGAGCUGGACGCGCGCAACAACUCGCUGCAGGCGCCGCGCGUGGACGGGCUGGCGGGGGCGCUGCAGCUGCAGCUGGCCGGGAACCCGCUGGCCUGCGACUGCGCCGCGCUGCGCCCGCUGCUGCUGUGGCUCGGCAACGCCACGUGGCGGGCGCCCGACCGCCGGGAGCUGCGCUGCGCCUCGCCGCCGCCGCUGCGGGACGCGCUGGUGCUGCGCCUGCGGCCGCGCCAGCUGAAGUGCCCGGCGGACGACGGGGCGGCCUGGGGGCUGCUGGAGCCCGGCGCGCCCGAGCAGAAGGAGCUGGAGACGGUCUCCUACGUCUUCCUGGGCAUCGUGCUGGCGCUCAUCGGGCUGGUCUUCCUGAUGGUCCUCUACCUGAACCGGCGGGGCAUCAAGCGCUGGAUGAACAACCUGCGGGAGGCCUGCCGCGACCAGAUGGAGGGCUACCACUACCGCUACGAGCAGGACAGCGACCCGCGGCGGGCCAGCCCCGCGGGCCUCUGAG